UACCAGUCUCGCGAGAUGAGACUUGCGCGUCAGGAAUUGCUGGUCUGCGGACCCGAAUAACUGGGCAUUUAAAUGGCGUUGCGGGACAUUUAAACAGAGAUCUGGAACUGGAGGCUAUAAUAAGAAAGUCGUGAAUGUACUGCGGAAAGCGAUAAAUUUGUGUGGUAUGUACUGCAGGUUACAGGAGCACCACCUCAGGAAGAAGAACAAGUGUAACAUUUAAACAGACAUGGAUGAAAAAACUAUAUUAGUAGAAAUUCCUGACAUUUUGAAGAAAAAGCUAGAAGAAGACUGCUAUCUCAUAAAUAAAAGGAAACGGCUGGUAAAACUACCAUGUCAAACCAACAUCAUUACUAUUCUUGAAUCUUAUGUGAAACAUUUUGCUAUCAAUGCAGCAUUUUCUGCAAACGAGAGGUUCCGUCACCAUCAGACAACAAGCGUCAAUACAAAUCUUCAUUAUAUUCCACCAGAAAAAAAUGUUGAACUUUGUAAAGAGAUGGUCGAUGGCUUGAGGAUUACAUUUGAUUUUACUCUACCUCUAAUACUACUUUAUCCAUAUGAACAAACACAAUAUAAAAAGGUGAUGUCGUCAAAGUUUUUUCUUCCUAUUAGAGAAAGUGCAUCUAUUGGCAACAGAAAUCAGGAAGAAGUAUCGCCAAGUCCACCACUUCUAAAUCCGCCAACUCCGCAGUCAACUGACAGUCAACAUACCACAGGGGAGCCAGCAACUCCAAAAAGGCGAAGAACAGAGCCAGACAUUUUGCAAUCUUUAAGACGUUCUACAAGGCACAGUACAAGCUGUGAUAGGAUGUCAGAAAGCAGUGCUUCUCCACAACCUAAGCGACGACAUCCAGAAACUCCAACAUCAAUGCCAAAGCUCUUCCUGCAUUUAGAAAAGAAAACUCCUGUACAUAGUGGUUCUUCUUCACCAAUCACAUUAACUCCCAGCAAAGAAGGAAGCUCUGUGUUCUCUGGAUUAGAAGGUCGGAGGAAUAAUGAGCUCAAUGAGGUGUUGUCUUGGAAACUAAUGCCAGAAAAUUACCCUCAAAGUGAUCAGUCACCUCCUCCAUCUUACAUUUAUGGAUCGCAACACCUGCUUCGAUUAUUUGUGAAACUUCCAGAAAUAAUGGGAAAGAUGAUGUUCUCAGAUAAAAACCUAAAGGCUUUGCUCAAGCACUUUGAACUUUUUCUAAGAUUCCUUGCAGAGUAUCAUGAGGAUUUCUUCCCAGAAUCUGCUUAUGUAGCUGCCUGUGAAGCCUAUUACAGUACCAAAAAUCCUCGAGCAGUCUAUUAACAUCACAAAGUACAGACUUUUCACUAUUUUUCAUCUAAGACUACAAACUGUUUCACACUUGAACAUUAUUCAGAUGAAGAAGGUUAAGUUUUCUGACUCCAGUUUUGCCUCUCAGCUGUUGCAGGAUGAUUGUUGCUGAACUUUGUAUAUAAUUUUAAAUGUUUUUCGAUUUACUGUGUUGCCUUAUUAAAUGUAGGCAAAUGAAAGUUCUUUGCAUGUAUUUGUUGUCAUUAAAAACAUGCUGCAAAGUUACUCUCUUUAUUUGCUUAAAUAAGUUAA